AUGGAUGAAGAGAAUAAGUUUUACAGGAAUGCAGUUGAAGCAAUAGUAACGAUAUGCACUAAUACAAAUGAAGUAGAUCCUAAUAUAAAAAUUCUACUUGAGAGAGUUUAUCUGGCGAAGACACAGAAGAAUGGAAGGAAUAAAAUAAGCAAAGCCAAUAAACCAUCCCAGGUUAAUACAAAACUUAAUAACGAUAAUACAUUCAGUGAUUUGAAUGACGAUAAAGACGGAAUACAAGCAAAUGAGAGUAGAAUUUAUAAAUGUAAUCAUUGUUCUUUAGUAUUCAGAAGAUCAUCGGAUGUCAGGAGACAUGAGAGAACGCAUUUGCGUAUUUUACCAAAUAUUUGUAAGCAAUGUGGUAAAGGGUUUGCUAGAAAAGAUGCUCUGAAGAGACAUUCUAAUACAUUAACUUGUAAUAGAAACAGAGAAAGGUUAUUGAGUAUGGGUGGGAGCAUAGAUGAAAUUUUGAAACAAGCAGAAUCAGUUCUAGAGAUGCAAAAGAAGUAA